UUAUCAUUGAGUAUUCUUUUUGGAAUUUUCUGAAUUUUUAUCUCUUUAUCUUCUAGGAAGGAAUCUCCUUCAUCGUCUUGUCACAUCCAAGAUGCCCCCAAAACCCAAGCCCAAACCUAGAUCAUCACGGUCAUCAUCUGAUGAUACCGCAAUGAGCGAGCCGACCAAACGUCUCGUUUCGAAAUGCGCUGACCCAAGUCUCACGCCGUCCCAAUGGGCCAUGAACGUGACCAAUCUUGCGUUGCACACUGACUUGACCGGCUUAGCCACCGCAAAGCCCUUGAAUAUCCUCACGCCAGAUGUUACGAGACACUCACGGUCGAGACCUCCACUCAUUUGGGAUCUUCGACAUGCGAUGGAGAGCGUCAUCAACAAUGCCUACUGUCCGGAAAUCCUGCUACACCUGGGGGAAUGGCACAAAGGGAAAUCCACCAGUGAUCUGUUCAGAGGCCAGCUUCAAACUCAUCUGGCCGAUGAGAACAUGAUCCUGCAGUAUCUUCAGGCGCAAGCGCUGCAUAGAUCGUUCCUGCCGGACAGCAAGAGACGCCGAGAUAUCAUGUAUAAGAUCAUGCGCAAGAUGUGCGAACAGUACGACGAUAUUUUACCCUUCGAGAUUGGGGAGUUCCAAGUCCACGAGCUAUACAAGCCUCGGUUGGUGGAUAAGAAACCCAUCAAUCGAACCGCCGAUUUCACCUUCAUGAACAGACUGGAGGGCACGCACCACAAGACAUUGAUCGAUCUGUACAAGCAACUGACCCGGUCUCGGCUCCCGCUCAACCCUAUUCACAGCAAAAUCCUGUCUUUUGCUCCCAUAUGCUGUGGGGUUGUCGUCCGAGAGGGAGAAGGGGAGAUGAUUCGGGCGGACGCUGACUUGCACAUCAAUGCCUGGCAUGCGGCAACGGUACUUCACAUGAAACGUUUGUGUCGAUAUAUCAAAUUGGAUUUCGAUCAACAUCCCGCGCCGGCAAGUAUCGGAUUGAAGAUCGUGAAUGAUACAUGGACUGUCUCCGCUGCCUAUUCGAUGCUCGUGGACGAUGAAGAGAAACUGUGUAUUGAGGAUAUUGCCGAGAUAACGGUGGAAUUCGGCAACGUCGCGGGCAUAUACAUGGCCCUUCGCACGAUGAACUCUUUGAUAGAGUAUUUCAAAUUAUUUUACGUGCCCUGGAUUACCAACUUUGUGGUACCAGCUGCGAUCAAGACAUUCUCGGUAGUAACAGCUACGCUGGCCGAUAUAUCGGAUCCCCCGACUCCGCAAACAGAAGAUUAAUUGCUGACGGCGUUUAAUGUAGAAUCACAGCACCAGCCUUGUCCCGCGGGUCGAUUCGACCACUUCGGACGAACUAGUCCGUCAGGCCCGGUCUUCCAUCUCCUCUGGGUUGUGGUCGGUGGUGAAGAUUCAGUCCCAUGAUGAGACCUCGACAGAACGAGAGGAUACACGGACGAUAGAGUCCCCAAGGGGCGGGACACAAGAGGACAUUCAUGCUGAGGACAGGCCGGGGGUGGUGCUGGCAUCAGACUAUGAUGUUCUGGGCUGCGGGUUGGGGUUCGCAAGCAUAUCGAGAGCCUCGAAUCUUAGUGAUCUGAACUUAUGAGUAUGGCUGCAGGCUUUUGUUUCUUUCGAGAUUAUGUCAAAUCAUAGUAUAUGUCGUGCUUAUAGUUUGUCAAGUCCAUGUCAGCGUUCUCAU